AUGAUGAAGAGAAGGACAGACGUGAUGUUCUUAGGUUUCAGGAAAGACGUCAGCGUCUAUGAGUUUGACUUUACUGAUGAUUUACCUUACAAGAGCAUUCCCGAGCUCUGCCGGAGACACGAUGCAGCAAACGACGAGAGACAAGCUCCGUCCAUCAACUGGGCUCGCAGCGCGGCGUCCGGCGGAGCGGCAAUCAAACCCACCGGCAUCGCUGAUGUCUACAGCAAGUUCCGUCCGGUCAAGCGCGUGUCUCCGCUCAAACACCAGCCGCAGGAGUCGGAUCCGGAGACCGAGGGCCAGAGCAAGAGCAGAGGCCUGCCGCUGUUCGGAGAGCUGGAGCACUACGACCUGGACAUGGACGAGAUCCUGGACGUGCCGUACAUCAAGUCCGAGAAGAGGAGCGCCGCGGCUAAAGCGCUAAAGCCCGACCUCAGGCAGCCCAAGCCAGCGGAUCAGGACCGUCUCAGGGCUCAGAGCGCUCACGGAUCAGAGCUGGACGCUCUUCUGUCCGACAAAGCCGACGGCGGCCCGAGCGCCUCUCCUCUUCAGCCGGCCACAGGCCCGAGGCAGGACAAGCCCUGGAGAACGCUUGGAGAAGCUGACGAGGAAACCAAGAAGACGCAGAACAUCCUGAACAUCGUGAGAGAAGGACAGAUCUCUCUGCUGCCUCAUUUGGCGGCGGAGAACCUGGAGCGCAUCCGAGACGAGGACGGGAACAACCUGCUGCAUGUGUCUGCGGCUCAGGGUCACGCCGACUGCCUGCAGCACCUCACAUCGUUAAUGGGCGAGGACUGUCUAAACGAGCGCAACACACAGCAGCUGACGCCCGCAGGCCUCGCCGUCAGGGUACCACACACUCACACACCGCAGAUGGGAACUAGAGCUGGCUCGAUGACACUUUAUCAGAACCAAUCCCAUCCCAAAAAUCAUCGAUCCGACACCAGCGCAGUGUUUUUUUUUUUUUUAAAUCAGUGUAGAAUUUCUAUGCGUAUUGAUCUGAUAAACACUCUUUUGUGUUACAAACAAUCUACUAAAUAUAGACAACUUCAUUAUAAAGAAAAAACACUCACACACACACACUCAUCGAUCACGUGUGUGUUACAGGAGCGGGUGCUGCUGUGGCUGCUGCAGUUCAUGCAGGAACAGGCCAUUUCUCUGGACGAGGCGGAUCAGAACGGGAACACGGCGGUGCAUGUGGCGGCUCAGUGCGGACAUCUCAGCUGCAUUCAGAUCGAGACCUGCAUGUCUCUGGCCUCGCAGGUGGUCAAACUCACCAAACAGCUGCACGAACAAACGACGGCGCGAGUCGCUCUACAGAACCAGCUUCAUCUGCUGCUGCAGACACACGAGCUCAGCUCUCAUGUGGAGUCGUGGCCUGAGAUGAUGCUGACGGCCGAAGCGGCUCCUGAUGACGGUCAGUGGACGCUGAAGCAGAGACACAUGGACUCAGUCCUGAGCAAGCCGACGGACGGAGAGGCGGAGCCAGGGGCGGGGCCUGGAGCCGGACCAAUGAGGCGGCUGGGGCCGGGCGAGAGGCGGGAACUCAAGCUGGCGCAUCUCAAGCAGAUCAUGCAGCGUUCGCUCAGCGAAUCAGACGCGGAAGAGUCCAAACCAUCCCGACCCGAGCGGCCCACGCAGCUGUCCAUCGCAGAGCCCGACGAAAACAAGCACAAGUUCUCCUUAACGCACAGAACUCCCAAAUCCGUGGACGUUUGCAACCCGUCUCCGUCGUCAGACCACAGCGACCCAGAAACCAAACCCGAAGAGCUUCCCGACGGCCAGAAGGUCACCACCAGUCCCAAAAGCGCCCUCAAGUCGCCGUCCACGCGCAGGAAAACCUCGCAGAACCUCAAACUGAGAGUCACGUUUGAUGAGCCGCCGCGGAAAGACGGACCAGCGCCGGACGCCAAAAUCCAACCCAGCAAACGAGCGUUUGGGACGUUUCGCUCCAUAAUGGAAACCCUGAGCGGAAACCAGAACAGCAACAACAACAACGCUCAGAGCGCCGCCAAACACGCCGGGAAGAAGAGCGAAUCCAAGAGCAGAAGCAAGACGAGCGCUGUUUAAAACUAACCGAUCCAAAUCCAGACUCUUUAGAAACCAGGUGCAUCUUUUCCACACUAUUUGCUGUGCACAUAAGAACACGCUUUCAUGUGCGUUUUGAAAUUGUAACUUUGCAAUACUGUGAUUUUGUACAGACUCGAUAAUCAAAAACAAGCAGCCGUACAGCGAACAAACGAGCGAACGAAUCGUGUUCUUCAUUAAAUGAUUCGGUGGAUCCAACGCUGCACCUUCAGUUUCUGAUUGAUUUCAAAACUCUGAUACGUUUUAUAUGUAAUCUGUAUUGUUUUGAGUUAUUGAAGUGUGGAUUCAUAAUUUAACUAUUAUGUUUGAAUGCAAGAAACACUAUAUUAUUGGAAUCAUUGUAACGACAUUUGGCGAUUGAAAUAAAGACGUUUUCAACUGAGCUAAUUGU